AUGCCUAGCGAUACGGCACUGCCGGGGCUCCAGGUACCUGGAUUUAGGUUCCGCAGGACACAUGAGAAAUCCAGGAAUGGUUGCGUCCGAUGUAAGCAACAGCGGAAGAAGUGCGAUGAAUUGAGACCGAGUUGCUCCAGAUGUACCAAGCGCAUGUAUAGAUGUCGAUAUCGAGACUGUCCCAGUGAUGGCAAUUUGUCGGAGGAGCAGGAAUCGACCCACUUGCCAGUUCCACCCAAAAGCCCUAGUUCUGUGGCCCCGGGUUCUGGGUCGCCAUCCGCAAAUUCGAGUGAUCGCCCUUCGGCACCCAGUCCUCCAUCUGGUGGACAACCUAGUACCUCUUCAAGUCUUAGUACAACUGAAGAAGGACUGGCAUUGAAUUCAGACCUCCCCGGCACCCUCGAUGCGACAGAGCUCGAUCUCCUAGCCCACUAUAUCACGCACACUAGCCAAACUAUACCUGUGGACAAUCUCGAUGUGUAUGCUCUUUCCAUAGGUGUUCCAAAUCUGGCUUUCAACUCUAAGGUCGUCAUGUCAUCCCUGCUAGCCUUGGCAGCAGCAUGCAAGUCCCACGAUAUAGCGAAGCGAGCCCAGACGCUUCUAGACCGCCAGAGCCUAAUGCAGAUCCAAGAGCUACUGGCGCUUGCGGAGCGCCACCAUAGAGCCUCCCUUCGCCACAUACAAACGGAUAUGCAUAACUCGGAUUCGUACGACCAUGUCCUCGCAAACGCCGCAUUAAUGGUAUUGUACGCCUCAGCCAGUCACUCUAUUCGAGUACAUCUUGCAGCCACUGCGAAACAGUAUGGACAGCGGUUGCCAGAUGAGCUAUUUCCCCAACACUCACAGUGGAUCUCGUUUACACGCGCAGCCCAUACAGCCUCCACUGCAGUUCUUAACGACACCGUCAAUGUUCCGGAUAACGUUCGGAGGUCCACUCCCAGCCCGGCUAUAGAUGCAGAACCGAAUGUGCCGACCCCGGUCUUCCGUAGCGCGGCUGUCUUGUCACCGCAGGACGGCCCAUCUGAGAAUACGAAGCGUCUGUUUCUCCCUCUAGUCGCAUCUACAUAUACGCGAGCUUUCGAGAACCUCCGCCGGAGAGCUGAAUCUACCGCAGCCCUUUUAGAGAGGUCAGAGCCUUCCGCUUGCAACAACCCACAGCUCCACGUCACCUUAGAGACUGUGUUUGUGCUCGAGAAAUGCGCAUCCCUAGCUCUGUCGACAAGAGAAGGCGACGAACGCGCCAGGAGUCCCAGGGAUCAGGCUCUACCAUCUCAUAGAUUUUCUAGAGUCUCACCAUGGGUGGCAAGAUACAUGAUCAGUGUGACAUCAAUGGAGUCACCACAGAUACUUCGACGGAUCAUCAUGUCAUUCUUGAACGAAGCCCCGGCUGAAUAUCUAACCCUUGUCCGGUCGGUGCUCGACUCUCCCUCCAUAGAGGCGAGGGCUGAGAGUUGGAUGAUACAGGAUUCUCCUAGAGCCGAGGCACCGUCGCUCAACCCGACGCAUUUACUAGCCAUGGAUAUCUUUGCCCACUGGCUCGUCCUUGUCAUGUUACUGGACGGUGUAUGGUGGAUUGGUGAUAUUGGACAGUGGGAACUAGGUCAGGUUAUCUCAUUGAUGAAGACCCAGAAGCUGCUGGGCUCAUCGGCAGAUCCUCGAGAAACGUGGUGGCCGGAGAGCAUGUACAUGGUUAAGCGGGAGCUCACCCCCAAUGUCCAGCAGCCAUAG